GAAUCGCUCGGAAUGGCAGUUUCGCGAGAGAAGCCCAUCAGUGCGGUUGCGGAGCGAUGAUUACCUUGUGGCUGACGGUGGCACUUUCUGUGUUCGUUUUGUGGCUCUAUCGGGUCAACAAGAACUACUACAUUAUGGCCUUUUUCUCGCGGCGAGUCCGCACCAAGGAUGGCAGACCCGUGGCAAGUAUUGUGCCCUCGCCCAAAGGUCGCACGAUCUUUGCCAACUGCUUCGAUAUGUAUGGCAAAGACCACGCCGGCGUUUUCAGCUACUCUCGCGAGCUGUCCAAGAGAAUGGGCGAAAGCUACUUGGAAUAUGGCAUGGGCGUGCCCUUACUGAACAUUAUCGAUGCGGAGAACGCCGAGAACGUACUCAAUCAUCCGAAGCUGAUAACCAAGAGUCUGGUGUACGACUUUCUGCAGCCCGCCCUUAGAACUGGUCUGCUGACAUCCUCAGAUAAGAAAUGGCACGCCCGUCGCAAGAUGCUCACCCCCACAUUCCACUUCAAUAUAUUGGGUCAGUUCCAGGAGAUCUUCAGAGCGGAAAGUCUGAAGUUUGUGCAGCAGUUUCAAAGCCAAGCGGAGAGCAUCGUUUCCCUGAGCGAACUCAUUCCCAGAUUCACUCUGAACAGCAUUUGUGAGACUGCGAUGGGCGUGAACCUGGACGAAAUGGCCGAGAAGGGCGACCGAUACCGCGAGGGCAUCCACCAGAUCGAAAUGAGUUUUAUCAGGCGCCUGAGCAAUCCCCUGCUGUGGAACAAGACUAUCUACAAUUGGUUUGCGGCCAAGAAGUAUGACUCCUUCCUGACAGUGGUCCACGACUUCUCCAGCGAGAUCAUUGCCAAGCGGCGACUGCUACUCGAGGAGGAACUGGAACUGAGAAGAUCCACACAGACGGCCGAUGACGACAUAUUCGUGAGCAGGAAGAAACGGUUUGCAAUGCUGGACACCCUGAUUUGUGCUGAGAAGGAUGGCCUCAUCGAUCAUGCCGGAAUAUGCGAGGAGGUGGACACGCUGAUGUUUGAAGGGUACGACACCACCUCCAUCGGCCUCAUCUUCAGCCUGAUGAACAUGUCCCUGUAUCCCGACCAGCAAGAGCUCUGCUUCAAGGAGAUCGAAGAGCACAUAGAAGAUAACUUUGACAAUCUGGACCACAAUCAGCUGAGCAAGCUGAAGUACCUGGAAUACUUUAUAAAGGAGACCAUGCGGCUGUUCCCCUCCGUUCCGAUCAUGGCUCGUCAGACCGUUCAGGAGACGGAGCUGGCCAACGGCCUCGUCCUCCCCGCGCACUCCCAGAUCACCAUUCACAUCUUUGAUGUACAUCGCAAUCCCAAGUACUGGGACUCUCCAAAUGAAUUCCGUCCGGAGCGCUUCCUUCCAGAGAACUGCCAGAAUCGGCACACCUAUGCCUACAUUCCGUUCAGUGCGGGCCAACGCAAUUGCAUUGGUCAAAAAUUCGCCAUGCAGGAGAUGAAAACUUUGAUUGUUGUGCUCCUCAAGCAGUUCCGAAUUCUGCCACUGAUCGACCCCAAGUCGAUUGUUUUCAACGUGGGAAUUACACUGCGCACCCAGAACAACAUUCAAGUGAAACUUGUCAGGCGAAAGUGAGGCGAAGGGUGCCGUUGGUGCGGGCUAUUAGAGUAGUUUAACAGCUGUCAUUAAGAGGUUUAGAUGCAUCCAUAAGCUACGCCUAUGACUGCAGUGAGUUAACAAAACGUAGCUAAAAGUAAUCUAUCUCGAUUGGGAUCAAGGGUCGGGUCUACCAAUCUAUUACCAUGAUGAAUAAACCACAAGAAACAAGUUUUAGAUGAUCUUGAUUUUGUUGUGUUCGACUCUUGGAUACCCUCUGUUCGGACUUACAAAUGUAUAUUGUGUGCCAUUCAAUAAAUCUUGCAUAAACCACAAA